AUGCCUCUGAUCAGCGAUCUGUUAGAGGAUCUCGAUAAGUCAAUAUGGUAUUGCUCGCUGGAUAUGGCCAGUGGAUUUUGGGUCGUGCCGAUGACGGAUCGAGCCCGCGAGAUCUCAGCAUUUAUCACCCCGUUCGGACUAUUCGAAUGGAAUCACAUGCCUUUUGGCUUAAAACGCCCCGCAGAUCUAUCAACGCCUCAUAACACGCUGUAUGGAUUCCUGAAGGUCUCGCGAUUAAGCGACGCCGGGACCACAACGGCCGUGUUCCAGACAGGGAUCGCGGACGAUCCAGAUCGCGGGUCUGUGUUGAGACGAAGAUCAUACAUGGACGACGUCAUGAUCACAGCAGAAUCGUGGGACCAUAUGCGCCAAAUGGUGGAAGAUCUGUUGGAAGCUUGCGAUAAGUGGAAUUUAUUGAUCUGUGUGGCGAAGCGUUUCUGGGGCAUGGAUAAGGUAGGAUAUCGGGGACAGCGCGUGUUGAUCGGAGGGCUGGAGGUGAACCCAAAAGAUCUGAAAUCCUUAACCGAUCUACCGUCUCCCGGAUCACUUCGAUUUAUGCAGUCGUUCCUGGGUAGUUUGAAUUACUACAGCCGAUUCAUUGAAGAUUACGCUAUAUAUGCUUCGGUGCUCUAUGAACUACGCUUGGUGGAGUUUGCAGAAUUAGAAAAACGAUCGGAUCUUAGGAAGAUCAAGAACCAGAAAGAUCCGAUUGCUCGAGAUCAUGGCCUACCGGCACUGAAGUUGGCGGAACCAUUGGAUGGGAGGGCGCAUAAGGCCUUCAUCACGCUGAAGGCCAAGAUCGAGACAACGCCGAUUCUCCGCGACUUCGACGAGACAAGAACGCCGGUAGUUAUCGUAUAUGUCAGUGAUUGGGCGAUAUCCGCCUCGUUGACGCCAGAACACGUCGGGAUCUACCAUCCGGUCGCGUUCGCUAGUAGCACCUUGAAGACGAACGAGUUGAAUUAUAGCAUGACCGAAAAGGAGGCGUUGGCAUUGCUGAGGAUCCUGGAUCUCUACUAUAAUUUACUGGUGGGACGCGAGAUCCGGAUUACGAAGUGCACGAAAGGCGAGGACGAGAUACUGGGGGAGAUCGCCGCCAACAUCACACCGACAACGAAGAAGGACGACGCUCUGACCGAUAUCGCUCCUAUGAAGCUCGAGUAA